AUGUUCUGGCUCGCAGGGUAUGGCAACAGCGAGGAAGAGGACAAUGACAACCUGGGAGUAGACUGGGUACUACAAUAUGAAUUUGGGGAGAUUGAUCAAGCUCAAGCUAUCACAGAGUUUCGGAGCCUCAUUGAAGACUUGAAUGAAGCUGGUCUUCGCGCUCAGGUUCGUCACGGGCACGGGGCGGCCCUCUUGGUCUGCAUUCGGGUUCCACGGGAUCAUCUGGGGAACCUGGUACAUCAGUCAAGGAUCAAGGAUUGGUUAUUUGGGAUUACCCAUAUCUUACCAAAUGGCGAUGAAACAGCCGUCGCUGACGCCGAUACACCAUCCGAAGAGAUCCGCUCAGUCUAUCACGCUGUUACGUGGCAAAAGAAAAUAGGCGGAGCAGGUAUCACGCCCGGUUUCGGAAAAUGGAAGAACGUCACUGCCUCGUUUCCGUUACACGACCAAGAGGCCUGUGCGGAGAUGCUCCGUCAAUGGAACCGAAAGACUGUAUUGACCACGAAAGAUCUGGACGCCAUUCGAGCAUUAUUUGGUGAAAAGGUCGCUUUCUACUACGCAUUUAUUCAUUGCUAUUCACUAUUUCUCACGGUACCCGCCGGAUUGGGAAUUCUGGGAUGGCUAUAUCAAGGUCCAUAUUCGAUAACAUAUGGAGUCACACUAUGCGCCUGGUGCAUCAUAUUCGUUGAGUACUGGAAGAUUCGAGAGGCCGAUCUAAGUCAGCGAUGGGACGUUAAGGGUGUUGGGCAACUGAAAGUGAAUCGCAAGCAGUAUGUGUGGGAAAAAGAGGUCAAAGACCCAAUCAGUGGUCAAGUGAAACAUGUCUUCCCAGGUUGGAAGCAAUUCUCACGUCAAUUGCUUCUGGUCCCGUUUGCUUCCGUGGCAAGCGUCGCCCUGGGAGCUUUGAUUGUUGCGUCGUUCGCCUCAGAAGUGUUCAUAUCGGAGGUAUAUGACGGUCCAUUCAAAGGGUAUCUUGAAUUCGUACCCACGGUCCUCUUUUCUCUAUCAUUACCAGCCAUAACAUCCUUUCUCACGGGUAUCGCAACCCGCCUGACCGACUACGAGAACUACCGGACGCAGGAUCAAUACGACCUUGCUCAGACCCAAAAGUCAUUCGUCAUGAAUUUCAUCACCUCUUUUCUCCCCACGAUAUUGACCGCCUAUGUUUACGUGCCAUUUGGGAAACAAAUUGUUCCAUAUCUGGACAUUUUACGAAAAACCGGGCUAAAGGCCGAUUUGAUCAGUGGCAAGAAAGAGUUUGAGGUGGAUACCAACCGUUUCCAGCAGGAAGUGAUCUACCUCUCCAUGACGGCCCAAAUACUUAGCUUUGGCGAGGAGGUCAUCCUACCAUAUGUGAAGCAUGUCUUGCGGCAGAAGUGGCAAACAUACCGGGAUCGCAAGGCAAAGGAUAAUCGGCGGAGGCAUUCUAUGCACACAGACCUGUUACUGAUGGACUCACCAGAAGAAGCAGCAUUUAUGACAAGACUGCGUAGUGAGGCCGGCGCAGAGGAAUAUCAUGUGGAGGAUGACAUCAUGGAGAUGUGUGUACAGUUUGGAUACUUGGCACUAUUUGGAGUUGCUUGGCCUCUUGUUCCACUCGGCUUCUUGUUGAACAACUGGCUGGAGCUGCGAGGUGACUUUUUCAAGCUCACCCUGGAGUGCCAGCGACCGCCACCGAUCCGAUCGGACUCGAUCGGACCGUGUGUGCUGGGGCUGGAUUUCCUAGCCUGGUUGGGUACACUGUCUACGGCUGCCAUUGUGCAUGUUUAUCGGGGUUCUAUCUCCGAGGUACGGCUCUCCUCACUUCUGCUGACGGUAUUCCUCGCCGAGCAGGCCUACUUGGCAAUGCGCUUCACCGCCUCGACCGCGCUCGAAAAGAUCUUUUCGGAUACCAUCCGGAGGGAAGAGGCUCGUCAAUAUGCGGUGCGCAAGAAUUAUCUUGCUGCUAGUCUGGCGAGAGACUCAUCCCCCAGCUCCGGAUCCCGAGGCUCGCCCAAUGGUCGAACCCGUCCCCGGGUGCGUUUCAACGAGCGCGUCAAUGUAUACAGCUCGAGUGAAAAAGAACCAUCAUCUGACGGUGCCCCCUCUCCCACAAGAGAACAGCCGGAGGAUGAUGUGCUUCGUGGGCAUGACCGCGAGGCCCAGUUCUGGAGCGCGCAUUCAGGGGACACAGCGGACGCAGGCGUCAAGCUAAUUCGCGCUUUGAGCAAGCCUCAGGCGGGAAAUGAUGGUAAAUUUUCUAAACAAGCAUAG